AUGACGCUGGUGCCCUCAGUGACCUCCAUGGAUGAUGGCCAGGGAGCCAAGUUAGUAGCUACUUCAAGGCCGGUGAUUUCGGACAAUGAGUGUGUUCAGAAUGGGAACCCGGUGAUGGUGUCCACCCACGUGACCCAGCACUAUGAUGAAGUCGAUUUGGGAAUAAGCAUCUCCAAGGAUAAUGUGGCUGCUUCUUUACCCAAGACAAUGGAGGCCCAAGCUGUGGCCGAUGCCAGCGGAAAGAAUCUUGGGAGAGAAGCCAAGCCCGCGGCACCAGCUGCUAGAUCGCGUUUUUUCUUGACACUCUCUCGGCCUGUACCAGGACGUCCCGGGGACCAAGGCACGGAUUCAUCGGCUGCAUCGGGCAGGCUUGAUGUCAGCCCCGGCUCAGCGCCUGCGAACAAAGACCCAAGUGAGCACGGAACACUUCCGGUGGCAGCUGCACCAGGGCCGGCUGCGGAUAAAAGGCCAGGGUGCACUGAGGCCAAGGAGCAGGCCUUCCCUGCCACCUUCCCGCCCGCACCUUCACCACCUGAGUCCCAGGCAGAAAGCCCCUCCAAGCCCAAAGAUUUCGGUUUUUUCGACCGAUUGUUUAAACUGAACAGGGGAAGAGAAAGUAUCCCAGUCGACAGCCAGCCUGAAGAAGCCAAGGAGGUGAGGGACCAAAACCAGGCCGCGGAGACUCCUGCUUUGCCAGGGAAUCCCCAUGGUGUACUUGCUGGGGAGGACUUAGUUGACGGUGAGGGGAGAGGACGUAAAGUUGGCACUCCGAGUUACUUUGUCCCCGGGGAUCCGGAGGUGCUGGGGACCAAGAAGGAGGACCCCCAGGAGGCAGAAACCAUAGAGAAUAGCAACUCCAUUAUGAGCUUCUUCAAGACCCUCGUUUCGCCUAACAAGACGGAGACCCGAAGGGACCCAGAAGACACGGCAACCAAAGCAGACAGUGUCUGCGAUGGACACGCUGGCCAGAAGAUGUUGGAGACGCAGGCUAAGAGCAAGAAGAAACGCCUGGACAGCCCCAGGCUAGCACUGGCCUUUAGAAAGUUCUUUAGACAUAAGGAUACUGAAAAUACACCCACUACUUCAGCCAAUCUCACGCCAGAGAAAGCCAACUUCACACCCCAGGAGACCCAAGGGGCAACCAAGAGUUCAAAAGGCUGCAGCCCACCAACUCACGUGCCACCCGCAACAGCCAGCGACACAAUAAAAGAAGGUAGCAAGGAGAAGUCGGGGCCCACCUCACUGCCUCUGGGAAAGCUCUUUUGGAAGAAGUCAGUUAAAGAGGAUUCGCUUUCCACAGGUGCAGAGGAGAAUGCAGUGUGUGAGCCACCAGUAGAGACUGUAAGGCUUGAGGAAGUAGAGUCCACCUUACAAACCGUGCAUCUCAAUGAAGAAGAAGCCCGGCCCGAACCCACAGAUGUAAAGGUUAAAGAAGAAAGCAAACCCCGGAGAACCCCUCUGAUGGCGUUUCUCAGACAAAUGUCAGUGAAAGGGGAUGGAGGGAUCACCCGCUCGGAAGAAAGUGCUGGGAAAGACUCCAGUUGCCAAACGUCAAACUUCACAGAGAAGACACCCUCGCCCCCAGAACCAGAGCCUGUGGGAACAGCCCAGAAAAGCAAGGAGAACUCCUCAAAAGACAAGAAGUCAGUGGACAAGAAGUCUGUGGCCGAGACCAACAAGCAGAAGAACAGCAAGCAGGAAGCUAGAGAACCUGCGCAGUGCAUGCAACCUCCUGUGGUGGAGGCCAACGCACUGCAGAAUGGGGACAAGACCCCAAAGAAGUCCGAGAAGCGGCGACAGUCCCUCGGGGGCUUUCUGAAGGGGCUGGGACCAAAGCGGAUGUUGGAUGCUCAAGUGCAGACAGACCCUGUAUCCAUCGGACCAGUUGGAAAAUCCAAGUGCACAGGGAAGUGUCUCCUCUCCCUUGCCAAGAAGACGUGGCUUUUCCAAGAAUGGAGCUAGUGGGAUGAAAUGGCCACCACUGUGCGUGCAAGUGUAUAUACACACACCACACAUAUACACACACUCACACACACUCGUGUGUACACACAUGCACGCACACUCUCAACGAUGCCUUCCAGUUCCUGAUAACAGAAACUUUUUGACUGAUACGGAUAAAAGAAUUCACUCAAGUGAUUCCCAGCAGCCUGAGGCCACCCUUGGAUUCAUCCUCUUGGCGAAAGAGCCACAAACCUAAGGAGCUGCAAAAAUAGAAGUGAAGAGAAAGGGUACUGUUUGGGGUGGUAGCUCUUUGCUCUUUAAACACAGGUCUAUCUCUUCCCACCCCCACCCCAAGCACUGUGCAAACAAACAGUCCAGAUAAACUGGGCAGUGGGGAUCUCAUUAAAUUUACCAAGUCCAGAAUGGGCCCCUCUGCCUCCUCCUCGAAGAUAUAGAGGAAGGCUAGGUCUCUUCCUCCAGGACCUGCAGGCGUGGUCUCUUUGUCCCAUAGUCCCAAACUAGCUUUGAGCCUGAAGCAAUCAAAUCAGAGCUUGGGGUGCAGCUCAGUGGUAAAGUACUGGUCCAGCGCAAAUGAGGCCUCAUGGUCCAUUCUCCGUGUUGUGGGGGUGAAGGGGGUAGUGACAUGGUAAUUAACCAAAUAUGAGGAAAGGGCACCAAUUACCCACUUUCCCACGGUGCAAACCCUGAGAUUAGCGAUGGGCGCUGUCAGGACUCGCUCUGCCCACCCUCUCCAUGUCCUCUUCAGAGCCCUUUAAGGAAGCCGUUUGGCACAGCGAAUAGAGUCGGGUUCUUCCCUGGUCGGGACUGUGUUGGCUCUGUUGAAAACAGAGCAGCAAAUGACUGUCCGUUAGCAAGAAGAGGAAAACAAAACGACAGCAAACAACUUGCAGACAUUGGUCACUGGGGUCUUUGUGACGUCAGACACACGGGCCAGGGCUAGGGAUUGCGUCUCAGGAAGUUGGACGUUUUUUGGCCUCAGCAGCGCCACCCAUAAAGCUACCCCUGGCUCCUCUGCACCCUGGAGCCUCUAACUUGCGUGGCAGAAGCGAACCACGUGAUUUAACAGAAACAGGGGCAGCGGCCCCAGCUGCUUGACUGGAUCUCACACCCAGCCUUCCUAAAGCAGUCUCUAACGUACAGCUGUGUCCGCCCGACUCCAACCCCCGCUCCCCCACCCCCCACUAAAUUUAACUGCUUCGUUACGUUUUCUUAGGAACCGAUCGGCGGGAACCUGUAUGGGUUUGUUUCAGAUUUCCAAAUGGGUGCUUCCUGACAAAAUGGCCCCAGCUGCACAUCUGGCAACGGUUGCCUUUGAGGCGAGCUCUUAGAAGAGUCUGUCAUUCAAACGCCUUUUGCGUAAUCCGACCACAUGGGUGCGCUCCAGGACCUGAGUUCUGCAGACUGACCAAGGCGCUUUCCUCUGGCUUUCUUCUACGGACCCAAGAAAGAGACUUUAAGAGUUUGCUGUUAACUUCUAGAAUGCAGUCGGAUUUCAUUAGGAGAACUGGAAGAAUUAAGACAAAUUGACCAGUUACUGUCUAUGAUCCCCACAGCCUUCUGAGCAAAGAUGAUCUGGGUAGGUCUGUUCCUUUUUGUUCCACCCUGCAGAAAGCUUUUGGGGAAAAUAUGGGACUGCCAAGCAUCCAAGCAACCUUGCUGCUUUCUACCAUGUUCCACGGCCUGACCAUACCUCUCCCUGACUCCCCUCCCGAACACACUCAGUUGGAGAUCAAAUGAAUUCCCACCUCUACUUCCUCCAGCAAUAAAGGUGAGGAUUACAGUGGCCAAAGCUAACAGUGCAGUGGCUAACCCUCAAUCAAUACUCAGUAAACAACAGUCAUUCCAGCGUAGAAACCCGUUAGCGGUAAGUAACAGAAGCCCCCACACACACACAUUAGCUACUAAACUAGCAAUACGGAUAUUUAUCAUUGCACACACAGUGUUAUGUGACGGCCUUCGCUUUGGUUCUUGGAGACUUCCGGCUGAUAAGGAAAUACACCCUUAAAUAUAACAGGUGUGCCACAGCUUGGCUCGGGUCCCAAGAGGCUUUGCUCUGCCUUGUUCUAUGGGUUAACUUUGGACUAAAACUAGUGACAGGUGAUAAGUGCCACUGUAGGCAAGGGGAUUAUGGGAUCAUUAUAAUCAGUUUCACCUGAGCACUUGAGUGAACUGGCCCUCAGAAGGCGGCUACAAUGGCUGCAGUAGUUAAGAGCGGUUCUCAAACCAACCACCCCUAUAAAGUCUCCGCUAGCCACAGGGCCAGUGUGGGUGGAAGCUUAGUGCCCCCAAACGUAGUCACUGGGUUGUGGGCUUCUCCAGAUCAGGACUUUUUAGUCUCUCACGGACACUGUCAGGAAGCCUAGUACGAUGCCUGGGCAUGGCAGAUACUCAGUAAAUGUCAAGUGGCCAGCUAGAUUGAUGGACAGCUACUCCGCAGCCACCAGCCCUGAGAACAGCUCACCAUAUGCUCUAGAGUGAGUUUCACUUAGCUCCAAAUGUUGGCUCAUUCUGAUCAUAUCUACCUGCCAGAUGACCGGCUCAGUGGCUCUCAGUGGAUGGUCCUGGACCAGUGGCCGCAGCAUUGAUUGAGAUCUUAACGGGGAUAUAGGGUCUUCACACGCUAAUCCACUCUGACCAAAGCUUCCCAGAGGAGGACCCAGCCAACCCAUGCCCUUAUGUAGCCUUCAGACAGUUUCAGUGUAAAGAAAAUCUGAAAAUCGCAGAGGGACCACACCCUGAAGUCCCCUCUCUGAGUACGUGGUCCGAAGACUGGCCCUGAAGAUGCAGGUUAUAAAAGCCAGCUCUGAACUUCACUUGACGCCAGCUAGUGUGUAGCAUGCCGAGGGUCUUGUUUACUCCCCAUCUGUAAGAUGGGGGAAAAAAAAAAAAAAACUUUCUGCAUCUACACAGAGUAAAAGCCGUGUUGCCCAACGCUGAAACCCAACCUAAAGUAUUAUUUGUAUGUUUUAGAGAUGGGGUCUCAUGCAUGCUGGGCUGCCCUUGAACUCAUUAUGUAGCCAAGAAUGAGUUUAAACUUAUGAUAUUCCGGGCUCUGCCUUCUGAUGCUGGACUGACAAGUGUACACCACUGCACCCAAUUCGUGUGGUAUUGAGGAUCAAACGUGGGACUUUGUGUGUGGCAGGAGAGCCUUCCACUAACUGAGCCCCCACCCCGGUGUGGCCAGCAUCAGCUCUUGCAGGCCUGCGGAAGCCUUGGGAAGGACAAGGAUAGUGACGAUGGUCUGAGGAUGUGACAUUGUGGGACGGAGAGAAAACACGGCUACAAGGACACUUGAAUGGUGCGUGGCCUUUUACAGAGGGGACAGUUGAGCUAAUUCAAGAAGAAUGAAGAAGGCUUGGCCAAGGGUUCCCAGAGGAACAGGAGGUGCUGGACUGUAACCCCCCAGAGCGAACGUAAGUAGUUCAAUUCAGCUGGCCGGCUGGCUGGAUAGCACACCUUGGAGAGGCCAGAGGCCAGGAGGCAGCAGAACUAAUCUCCAGAUCUCCAGAAUGUGUAGGAGCCCGCUAUAAGGAUCUGAAGCUAUCUCCAUAAGCUGGGAGUAUAGUUUCUGUGGCAGACAAUGUUCUCUCUCUCUCUCUCUCUCUCUCUCUCUCUCUCUCUCUCUCAGCAGCCGUACAAGAGAAAUGAGGGGUGACAUAAUUAAAAUGUCUUCAUUUUGGUUUCCAGCAGGACCUAAUACAAACAAUUCGACCAGUAUUUACCAUGUGACUAACUAUCCGUCAGAUAUUAAUUACAAAAUUUAUCAUUUCUUUUUAAGCUUAGGCAAUGACUAUAAGAAAUAUCCAGUCAGGGGCUGGAGAGAUGGCUCAGUGGUUAGAACGUACUGUUCUUGCAGAGGACAGGAGUCUGGUUUCCAGCACCCACACGGGGCGGAUCACAAAUGCCUAUAACUACAGCUCCAAGGCAUUGAGUGCCCCCUUCUCUCCUCUGGGGACCCUGCACUCCCAUACACAGAUACAAACACAUACAUAUACACAUAAUUAAAAAUAAAAUCUUUUUAUAUAAAAAAUGUCCACUUGGAUAAAACCUAUCAAUGGCUUUAACCGUUAGAAAGACACCCACUGAAACAUUCACUUCUAAGUGUCAGUGUUGAAUGGACUCGGGCCCAGCCAUCCGCCCAGGUGAUCCAUAGCCACAAUGCAGGGCUCAGAGAGCUUGAACAAGUCAAGGUCUUCAACAACAUUUGUUGUGUUGAGCCUGCGUGGUAAUGGUUGGGAGGUUGAGAGAAAAGCAAGUGAGAAGCCACCAAGGGUUGCAAGCUCAGUGGCCAGGCACCAGUGCACAGCAAGACUUACUGAUUGCAGACAGCAUCUAACCUGGGGAUAGCACAGGUGUCCCCUAGCGUACAGGCAUUUGGUCUUUGAGAUGCCUUGUCCCAUCCUGUUCCCUUACUGGCUCAUUAGAGAGAGCGGGGGAGCUCUGGGUUCAUGUCCCAUUCUGAAGUACAUCCGUUUUUCUGGGGAGAAAAAAUCGAUCUGCUUUCGACUUUCCUUGGUUCCAACAAUAUAAAGUUUCCAUGGCAACAGAUUCUACAGAUGCCCCAUCUUCAGCCUACCUCAGAGUUCCCAGGAAGUACUAACGGUUCCCACCUCACAAGUUCCUCAUUCUCUGCUCCUCUUCUUGGUGGUCUUCUGCAGAUGCAGUCAGAGCUUGAUCAACCUACCUUCAGAGUGUUCUGGAAAUCUCUGCGAAUUUGUCCCCAGAUGGCAUAUAAACCUCCUGUCUCUCUGAGGGGUCCUCUCCACAUUCCUGCAGAGUCCUUAGUGGGCAGCCACAGUAGUGAGUGGCGUGCUCGUGGCUCCGCUUUGCCACCCAUCACUUUGCAAGUAAACCGCUAGCAUCUAUACUCUGUGGCAGGGGCUGUGUCUAUAUUGGGCGUCUCAGGAAGGCUGAGACCAUGCCCAUAGUUCAGCAGUGAGAACUGGGUAUGGGCAGUGGUUUUGACGUGCUGGAGGGUUGAGAGAAGGCUAGCCUGCAGCAGAGAGGUUCACAGAAGGAAGGUAGAGGAAGUGUCAGUGUGGGUGCCUGUGGGAAGGAGUGUUAGGAGGUUGGUAAGGACAGCUGGAACCAGGGUGCCCUGGAAAGUACACACACACACAUACACACACCAGACCCAAAAGCUGUCGGGAAUAAAACCUGGGAGAGGCAGUUUGAACAAGAGGUUGGAAAGAGGACUAGAGAGACACUACAACGUGGUUGGAGACCUGGUUGCAGCUGGGGGGGGGGGGGGCAGCCCUUAUGUGGGUCUAAGUAAAUGACAAUG